AUUUAAUGGCAACAUUUUGAACUGUCAAUAAUAAUGUCUAUGGCGUACGCGUGGCUGGAUGACAGAACAGUUGCGAAUAAAAAAUUGUCGCAUUGCUUAUGGUAUAGAGAGCAGUCGUGAUUUGUGAUGUGAAUGUAAUUUACAUUACGAUUUUGCGAAUUUUUAUCUUGUGAAUAUAGUCAUAGUGGAAUUUUGUUGUGCAUUGUAAUGUCGUGACAGUGAAAUAAAAUGCAGUUCUACAAAGAGAGAAUACUCAAUGCUGCCCAGUUAAAAAGACUAAGUGAACACAAAUAUUCUUGUACGAGUGCCAGUAUAUUGGAUGCAUGGCUCCAGCCGUGGUGGUGCUGGCUAGUAUCUAAAACGCCGCUAUGGCUUGCGCCGAAUCUCAUCACAAUAUUAGGUUUAAUAGUAAAUGUAGUCACCACACUUAUACUAGUUUGGUUCAGUCCAGACGCGAGGCAGGAUCCUCCGCGAUGGGCAUGCGCACUAUGCGCGCUAGGAGUUUUCAUCUACCAGAGCCUGGACGCCAUCGAUGGCAAGCAGGCUCGACGCACCGGCAGCCAGUCACCGCUGGGCGAGCUCUUUGACCACGGCUGUGACAGCAUAUCAACCGUGUUUAUAGCGCUGGGCGCCUGCAUAGCUGUCAAACUAGGAGAGUACCCAACAUGGAUGUUCUUCCAGUGUUUCUGCGCGAUGACUCUGUUCUACUGCGCUCACUGGCAAGCCUACGUGACUGGCACGCUCAAGAUGGGGCGGAUAGACGUCACAGAGGCACAGUACUCCAUCAUUGCCAUCCACCUCGUGUCAGCCACACUUGGCCCCAGCUUCUGGGCCACUCAGUUACCGAUAAACAUCAGCUUGAAUCUGAUAUCCAACUACGCAGUCGUGUUGUUCACCACGUACCUAGUCGUCGGUUACGUUACCGUCAUUAUGAAGGGUGGCGUGGGGAAAAACGGCUCCACCGUCGCAGGUACUAGCAUCCUGUCGCCGGUGAUCCCGUUCUCCCUGGUGGUGGUGCCGGCGUUCAUCAUCUUCCAGAAGAGUGAGUCCAACGUGUACCAGCACCACCCGUCUCUCUACAUCAUUGCCUUCGGUAUGGUGGCCGCUAAGGUCACCAACAGACUUGUGGUGGCCCACAUGACAAAGAGUGAGAUGGACUACUACGACUGGUCGCUGCUGGGCCCCGCCAUGCUGUUCCUUAACCAGUACUUCAACCACGCGCUGCCCGAGUACUACGUGCUGUGGCUGUGCACGAUCUGGGUGUGCGUGGACUUGGUGCGGUACUGCGGACAGAUCUGCCUGGAGAUCUGCGCGCAUCUGCGCAUCCAGCUGUUCCGCAUCACGGCCGCGGCGGCCGCGCCCCCCGCCGCCAACGGUACGCGCCGCCUCAAGCGGGGGCACUCCCAGCACGCGCACCACGCCUAGCCCCGCCCCCACGCUCCUCGCCUCGCCCGGGCCCCGGCCUCCCUCGAGCGGGCCCCGGCUACCCUCGAGUGGGCCCCGGCCCUAUCUUUCCUCGUGCGGGCCUCUGUUUUCUAUCUUGCAUAAAGUUUGCUUUGAACGCUGCUGUCACGUGUUCUAGUGAGGUCAUAUUAAGUUAUUUUAUUUGUAGAUAAAUCAUUAGUCGUCGAGAGCAAUCAAUGUUGUAUAAAAUACAACAUUUCAAAAGUUAGUGCAGUGAACUUUCGUUUUUAAAAUUUCGUUGUACAAUGUCGGCAGGCAGCGUUCAAAGCUAACAACGUUUUACUGUUUUGUUGUUAGUGAAGGCUCGGUUUGUGUUAUUUGGUUAAGGUGGUGUUUCGACACCGUCACUGUUACAAGUCUACUCAGCAGUACACGCUAUGGUUGUCCAGAUGAUACAAAUGUCUUAAACUGAAACAAUAGGUGUACUCGACAUACAUAAGUGACACGUUGACAAACUGUAUUACUUGUGUGACAAGAUAGCGUCCAAUAGGAACUUUACGUAGGAUACAAGAUGGCGGCGGCCGCGACCGCGCGCUCUCGAAUAAAAUCAUUGCUCUGACGUCAUUAGUGUCGAUAGUUGUAAUACUUGUACUUCCUUCUUCAAAGCUAUUCUAGUAUUGGUUCUACCUGUAGUGCAUCUACGCGAUUGUAAUGUCCGACAUACAUAGCUUCAUGUCGACAUAAUAUGCUUAGAGAAUAAGGUAAAUUGAAACAAUAGUUGUGCAAGAUGAACCAAUAGAAAGUAAUUCUACAUAAUAAUAUAUAUUUUAUUCGUAUACACGUUCAGUAAGACAGUUGUGCCGCAUUUUCUAUUCGACGUUUAUAGUAGGGGAUAGGUAACAUUGUUGCACCGGUCUUAUAGCGCGUGUCUAACCCGGGACGGGGUAGGCAGUGCAUGUCAAAUGUACUAACACAUGGUAGUUAAUGGUGCUGGGUCAUAGCAGUAACAAUACAGACUUGGUGAUGGGGCGAGAAUUCAUAAUAUACACUUUGAGAAUGCUCUAGAUGUAUAGAAAAUACCAAAUAUGCUUAUCCAUUCGGUUCUGAGAAGUUAAAAUGAACUCUACAGCGUCCUUUCUAUAAGAAUUAUUUUUGUAAAUCAAUAUGUUCUCGACGCUCCCCGUCACUGGUCAUAAAUUGUGCAUCAUUGUUGUAGAUGAGGCGCGACUAUCGGAUAAAAGUUAUCUCAUACACAUAGGAAGCUGUGACUAGUAAGUUAUGGACGUGCCGACCUCACAACACACCUACAACAUUAUACCUACAUGGCAAACGCGAUAUUGUUGAUCAUUAUAUUUUUAACCUUUUCGAAUUAAACAUAAAGCUCAAAAUCAAAAUUGUUCUUGAAUUUACGCAAACUUAUCCAUUAAAAUGUGCUAAUAAAGUUCAAUAUUGUGUGACAGUAUUAUGGUGUGUUAAAAUUAUAUUUUGGUGAACGUCGCGAUUGUCAGUAGACAUUAGUCUGAGUUGAUACUACUCUGCUAAUUAUACAAGAACACAUAAACAAACACUAGACACAAAAUAUUCGCACUUACAUGACAUUUGUUUCAAUGUAUGUUUGUAGAUCGACGUUGAAUUCUGUUAAAAUGGACACCGAAACAGGUCCGUUGUAAAUAAUUCAUUGAUUUAUUUAUUUUUAAUUUAUCGUUCGUUAGAAAUCUGUUUCGAUCGUCUUCGAUUGACGUUUACACACGUCAUUCAGGCCAACAAGUGCAUAUCUGAAUUAAUUAAAACGUUUAACGGAAUACAACCUUGAGUAAAUGUGGCUAGUUAUUUAAAUUGCUAGUUGUAGGUUAGGUAGACGUCAGCGAGACCAUACAGUACCAUAAUAUUGGAGAUUAUUUAUGUAAAUAGCUGAUAUAUUGGAAAUUUCCACCAUGUUCAUGUAGAGAAUUAUAGUCAAACUAAUAUUCGUAUAUUUUUAUUAUUAUAUUUUCGUUCUGUUGAUUCACAUUUGAGUUUUAGUAGUGAGUUGUCGAACGUAGCGUUCAUAGAAAAUGUCAGAUUCUUGUUAGAGAAAUUAGAAAAAAAAUACUAAUAAAUUUAUACUCUGUCCUGUUGAUUGAUACCUAAAAUUGUUUAGUUGUUAAAAAGAUGGCGCAUUACUAUGCUACAUUUAUAUUACUCACAAAAAUAAACAAUAGGUUCCUAGAAAUGUUUAGUGAAUAAUAUUGUAAAAUGUUAACAUGACUGUUGCGCGAUGAAGGCAAUAUAAUACAUUGACGUAGGUGAUUCUGUCUUUCCAUUUGUGUAGAAUAUUAGGUGUUGUGAUAGAAACUUCUCAGUGCUUGUCGAGAGAAAACAAACACAAUUCAUUUUGUAUAAAAACCGGUAGUAACUCGAGUGUGCUCAAAGCAUCUUAACUAAGAACAAAAUUGUACAAAAUUCCGUCAGUCCUCUCGACCUGCACUGACCCAAAUGUAUUAGAUAAUAUAGAAAGUGUUUAAAAUAAUAAUGCUCUACUAAUACUUUACUAUAUUCUUCAUUUAAAGAAAGCUUCUACUUACUGUUCAACCGAUUUUAACUUUCAUUUCGUAGGCUUAAAGAUGGCAUUAGGAGCAACCAAAACCAGUUCAUAAAAGUGAAAAUCGGCUGAACGGAUGAUAAAAAAGGUUUUCAUAAAUAUCUUAUGUCAUUUUAAACGGAGUAUGACUUCGAUCCAUAGAGUCGCUACUGUCACUGUCAUCUAACAAAGAUGGCCGCCGGUGAUGGAUGACUAACUACUCUAUCUCGUAGUUCUUUACAUAAUUCUCUUCUUCCUAUGCGCUAUCUAUAUAUUAUAUGUACUAUGUAUGAAGUAAUGACGCUUGCAACUGCUAGACAUACGCAAUGAUUACUGUCUCCUCAUCUAGUCGGUUAAAAUUAAAUUUAAAAUAGUUUUGCACAUAAUUGGAGCUCAAGUGUUAAGAGUAGCUGCGCCUCCAUAGCGCUAAGUGUGUAAAUACGUGUUAAUUAUUGAUGUUACACAAGACGCAAGCCCGCUGUAUCAUAUACUGUUAAAUGUAUUUUUUAUGUGAAAUAUAACAAAUGUACAUUUU